GCGCUGAGCGGCACACACGAACUUCCACUGCAGCACGGCACAGACAGGAGGCACAGCCACGCAGCACUGCUUCUCCUCCCGUGACGCGCUCCGAUCGCCUUCAAGUCCUGCAGGUCCGUGUCCACGAAACCUCUGGAGUAAAAAGCUGCCAACACUUCAACUGAAUUCACUUCCUGUAGUUGGAGGCUUAUCCAGAACUGGAGGCAGAAAAGAGGAGGAGAGAGGGAGAACCGAGGGAGAGGGAUCUGUCCGGGCUCUGUGAAGGAGCUGCUCCUCGUCUUCUGCUCCAUUACGCACAACAUUAUUUCUUUCUUUUCAAACACACACACACACACACAUAUAUAUAAUCAACAUAAAGAGAAGAAGAACACGUUCCGGUGCCUGAGUAACUUCCGAGUCCAUGCAAGUCACGGAUGCUACCGGUUUUGACGCGCAUCGCCGACCGGUCCUCUGGUUCAACGCACAGAGUUUGGAGACACUGCGCUCUGGUCCCGUCUUUGCUGCCGUGAGACUCCACUCCACGGAGGUUCAUGUACUGGAAAAAUGAGGUUUUGUCCCCUCUGUCAGAGGGAAACAAGAUUCUUUCCGACGGAAUCCCCACCAAGCAGGUGAUCUGCGCCGAGAAUCAGAGCAUCUCGCCGGGAGCUUCCCGCUGCAGUGUGGAGUCCAAGUCCGCCCCAAUGUCUCACUCGGACGCAGAGUCCCAGAGGUCCAACAUGGAGCGGGAGGACACCCGCUCGUCCCCCAGCACACCGUCCACUCCCUCCGUGUGCUCACCGACCUCCACCAUCAGCUCCGUGCCGUCCACCGGCAAGAACGUGUGCGCCAGCUGCGGCCUGGAGAUCCUGGACAGAUAUUUGCUGAAGGUGAACAACCUGAUCUGGCACGUGCGCUGUCUGGAGUGCUCGGUGUGCAGGACGUCAUUACGUCAGCACAGCAGCUGCUACAUCAAAAACAAAGAGAUCUUCUGUAAAAUGGAUUAUUUCAGUAGGUUUGGUACUAAGUGUGCUCGCUGUGGGCGGCAGAUAUACGCCAGUGACUGGGUGCGGCGAGCGAGGGGAAAUGCGUAUCACUUGGCAUGUUUCGCCUGUUACUCGUGUAAGAGGCAGCUGUCUACGGGAGAGGAGUUUGGUCUGGUGGAGGAGAAGGUUCUGUGCAGGAUUCACUAUGACACCAUGGUGGAGAACCUCAAACGAGCCGCUGAGACUGGAAACGGCAUCACAUUAGAAGGAGCAGUUCCAACAGAGCAGGACAGUCAACCCAAACCGGCCAAAAGAGCACGGACAUCCUUCACUGCGGAGCAGCUACAGAUCAUGCAGGCUCAGUUUGCCCAGGACAACAACCCAGACGCACAGACACUACAGAAACUGGCCGACAUGACGGGCCUGAGCAGGAGAGUCAUACAGGUGUGGUUUCAAAACUGCAGAGCAAGACACAAAAAGCACACACCCCAACACAGCGGGGGUCCACAAGGUCAUCCUCAGUCCAGAAUACCUUCGUCCCUGUCCGAUGAGCUGCAUUACUCCCCCUUCGGCAGUCCUGAGCGGGCGCGCAUGGUGGCCCUCCAUGGGUACAUCGACAGUCACCCCUUCUCCGUGCUGACCUCCCAGAGUCUCCCCCACCAGGCCAUGUCACUGCCCCAGCUUCCCCUCAGCCGCUAGCGUUCCACAGCAACCCCCAUGAACCUUAACCUUCAGACCCCAAUCCUUGAUCUCCCAUCAGCAGCGUCUGCCAACCUGACCCGCGGGUCAAAGCGGUCAGAGUCAUAAUGAAGACAGGAGAAGGGGCCGGCCCACUCAGAAAAAAAACGAGGCGAGGAGAGAAUUAUUUCACCGACAGCCUUUCUGACACAGACCUAGAUUAACUUUGUUUUCUUCAGGUGUGUACCAAGUGUCACAGUACCUGUUCUUGGUGUGAGGUGAAGGUCAAGGUAGUUGUAGAAAAAGAGACAGCGAUUGGGGCUGAUGCCACUGGGGUGCUGUCAGAAUACAGAGGGGAAAAAAGAGGGAAAAAAUUGAGAAGAAGUCAAAGUGAUCCAAAAUGGAUGACAUAAAUAGCAGGCAACAUUAGAGGUUUGUCGCUGACCAUUCUCACUACACUAUGAAGGAGAAAGAAAACAUAAUGGAACGGGUUGACAUGUUUCAUGAAGUAGUAGUUACAUCAACGGCAACUGGACCGGAAGGUUUUUCAGUUCCAGAGAGCUAAAGAACCUUCACUGUGUCAGAGGGCGGCCCACAUGGUUGAACUGGUGUGACAAUUUGGGAUUCUUAUACUGGUGUGAAUGCAAACACUUUUUCUUUUGUCGAGGACCCGUCGUUUUUUUUUUUUUUUUUUUUUUGGGUAAAUCUGUGUUGCUACGUUGACUUGUUGUAAAUGAAGGAAAACCACGAAGCACAGUGUCUCAGUGAAAUCAUUAUCUGACACAGAUGCAAAAAGGAAAACCGUGAGAAUAAAAACUCCAAACUACAUUCCUGGAAGAGGAAGAUACUUUUCAAGUGACAUAUUUUCAUACUUUUGAUGCUUUUACACUAAUUUAUAAUUUUUGGCUCUUGGUUUGUUUAGCCUCUGUGCAUGUGUCGUCAUGCCACGAGGGAGACGGAGUUGGUACAGAAUAGACCAUAUGAAACGAGCUGGGGUGUAUAUAGUAAAGAUAUGUGGGAGUGAGUGAGUGUGUGUGUCAGUGUGUUUGUUUGUGUGUGUGUGUGCGUAUUUGUAUAUUACUGCCAUGGCCAAUGUGUGAAGACCAGGAUCCAAUGAGACCUCAAUGUCCUUGUAUUUAUUGAGAUGGUUAAAUCCCUGUAAAGCACUUUCCUCCCCCACCCUCUGUAAAUGUUCAGUUUUUAUUAUAAAACAUAAAUAAAAUGACACAAAAAGUUUAUUUGAUAGACUGUUCAUCAUAAAUGUUGUGUACUACAUUGGAAUUAAAA